UGUCACGUGGAGGAGAUGACCAAAGAGAGGCAUGGGUCUGGCCAUAAUCUUUACAUUGGAAGAUGUGAGUGUGGAUUCUCUCCCACUCCAAUAUUAUUUUAUUUUUUUGUAUGUUAAAUUCCAUUCACAUUUGAUGAUUGAUGCGUGUAUAUAAAUGGAGUAAUGCAACUCUCACAAGUCAUAAUACACUCACACACACUAUAUUGUAUAUUUGUAUCUAUUAACACAUUAUUGUAAGAGAUCAUAUAUAGAGAUUGACAUGGCAACUUCCGCCUUCUCGUCUCGUGGUGCACAAACGAUGAACACCAUGCUCGUCAAACCGAUGCUUAGGAAAUCUAUCCACAAGAAGACUGCAUCGCACGACAUAGUAAGGGAGGCGAUGAAGACUGAUGGCGCCAGCGUCGGAGAGGCUGAGAUCAAGACGAUGAGAAGUUUCAACGUCGCCAGAGAGACGACAUCGUUUUCAGAGAGUAGUUGGGUCCCACAUGAAGCCACGGGAAUAUACUAUCCAAAGGGACAAGAGAAGGUCAUGCAAGAUGUGCCUCCUCCUCCAGCUGGUAGCCAUGUGUACGAUCUCGUUAACUGGUUCUCUUGAUCCACACUCUCCUUUCAUCUCGAUCUCAUCAUGAUCACAAUAUUGUUCUCUAUAUCUAAGUUCAAUAUUGUUGUAAGGGGAACUAACUUUACUGUUCUGUGCUGUAUCAUACAUAUCUGUGUGUAAUUAUAAGUGGAUAUGUAUGUAUAUGCUCAUAUAAUCAAUGAUAAUGAAUAAUGAUGAUGGUAUGAAUUAA